AUGAACAUUACGCAGAAAAUCAACGACGCGCCGCUAGUCUACGAGGUCGAGUCGCUCGAGCGGCGCAUCCAGGCGACAGACCUGGACGACUCGCACGCGGACCCGAUCGACCGCGACGAGGUAUACGAGCUGAUCCGCAACAUCAACGACCCGGAGCACCCGCUGACGCUGGAGCAGCUGCACGUGACGAACCGCGAGCACGUCUUCGUCGCCGACUCGGCCAGCCAUGUCCUGGUCGAGUUCACGCCGACCAUUCCGCACUGCUCCAUGGCGACUCUGAUCGGACUGUGUAUUCGCGUGCGCCUGUUGCGCAGCCUGCCCGAGCGCUUCAAGGUGGAUAUCCGUGUGCGCUCAGGCACCCACCAGAGCGAGGCCCAGGUCAACAAGCAGCUGAACGAUAAGGAGCGCGUGGCGGCGGCGCUCGAGAACACAUACUUGCUGGAUGUCGUCAACCAGUGUCUAGCGACGGCUGCAUAG